AUGUACCACCUCGCAAAGGGCCUCUACCGGCUCGCGACGUCCAAGGAAGAGUACUCCGUGAUCCUCCUGGGCCUCGACAACGCCGGCAAGACCACCUUCCACGAGCAGGCCAAGUCGCUGUUCCUGCCGGAGCGCCCGGACCCCAAGCUGAAGACGGUGCCGACCGUCGGCCAGAACGUCUCGACCCUGACCCUGCCCGACAUGUACCUCAAGAUCUGGGACGUCGGCGGCCAGCUGUCGCUGCGCAAGUUGUGGCAGAGCUACUACUCGUCGUGCCACGCCAUCAUCUUCAUCAUCGACAGCACCGACAUCGGGGACGGCCUGCUGCCACUGGGCGCCCUGUCGGCCUCGGACCCCGCCGGCGCCGGUGGUGGUGGUGCGGGUGAAAGCGGCGGCGGCGGCGGCAGCUCCGCCAAGGAGGCAACCGAGGGCCGGCUGGACGAGUGCCGGCUGGUGCUCGAGGACGUGCUGCAGAACAGCGAGGCCGAGGGCGUGCCGGUGCUGAUCCUGGCCAACAAGCAGGACCGCGAGGACUGCGUCGAGGUGGUGCGCAUCAAGGAGGGCCUGGUCAAGAAGGUGUUCGAGGGCGAGAAGGCGAGCAGCGUGCGGGACUCGCGCGUGCUGCCCGUCUCGGCCCUCACCGGCACCGGCGUGAGGGAGGCUGUCGACUGGGUACGGAGCCGCGUCAAGUGGAAUAAGGAGUCUAGGCCCCCAGUCAUGCGGUAG